AAAAGUUCGUACUGGCAGCCCGUCGGACGACCCUCUCCACCGUCUCUUAUUCCCCACGCCACGACGCAGUCCUUAAUUGGAUAUACGGUCAAUCGGUAAUCCCCCGAUUUAGGGUGUCUGUCAUAUACACAAAUCGCACAGAUGAAGAGACUGCAACUCCAACGAUGGAGCAGUUCGGUCCUCUCGCCGCAAGCCCGGGCUGGAAGUCGACUGCCCCGACGUAUACAACAUGGCCUCCGCUACCAGUCGACGAAUCCUUUCCCUGUCACGGAUGCUGAAGCCGAACAAUUGUUCGAGGAAGAACCGUCUCGGUCUUCGAUCCGCCCCUCCCAGAUUUCCAAGCACGCCCUCCCUUCUCCGCCUGUCGAGGCCGCACGCGAGUCCGCGAAACUCGCUGCGCUCCAUGCACGACUUUACCUUCCCUCACGACUUCCCCUCGAGACCCUUGGUCGCACUCUCGUGGAUGAAUCGGCCGACCCUAAUGCGAACUUCAACAAUGAGUCCCUGGCUACUCUUGGUCACGACCUCCUGACCCAGUACACCUCCGAAUACCUUAUCUGCACAUAUCCCCGUCUUCCUAUGACGGUUAUUUUCGCCGCCAUGUAUGCCUACGUCGGCCCCAAGACAUUGGCCGCAAUGACGAACGAAUGGGGUGUGGAGUUGGCUGCUGCACCGGGUGGAGAGGUUGACCCUGGCCACCUGCAAUUUAGAAGACUCGCCCCGGGCACCAACCCGAACGAAACGCCCAUGCGUACUGACAGACGCUGGGAGGAACAGACAUGGCGGAGGUCGGUCACGUCCAAGGUCGUCAAUGACAAUGUCUUCGGCGAUCCCGUCAGGGCAAGCGUCAACCCGAAACUACUGGCCAAGGCAGCGGCCAAGAACACCGCUGGAGUGUCUGCUGAAGAGGCCAGCGCCCAAUUCGUGCGCGCUGUUGUCGGUGCCAUCUACCUUCAUGCCGGCCGUCCUGCCGCCAAGCGCUUCUUCGAGCAGCACUUCCUCUCUCGUCACCUCAAUAUCUCCGAUCUGUUCAACUUCAGCGAGCCGGCUCGUGACCUUGCCCGCCUUUGUGCCCGUGAGAGUUUCGAGCCUCCAGUUGCCAAGGUGCUCAGCGAAACUGGUCGCUUGAGUCGGCACCCCGUCUUCGUUGUUGGCAUCUUUUCCGGCAAGGAUAAGCUUGGUGAAGGUGCUGGUUCUAGCUUGCUUGAGGCUCGGUCCCGGGCGUCCGUUGCCGCCCUCAAGGCCUGGUACCUGUACAGCCCGAUGAAUGUGCGUCUUCCCAACUCGAUGGAAGAGGAUGGGGCUGCCCCCUGGAAGCCGGUGCACGUGGAUCUGGGCGAGGUGAUUGUGUAAAGAGGAAGCGUUCAUGAGAGCAGUAUUUGGAAACGGCGUCACAUUUUGAUAUAGAUGUUGUCAAGUGGGCAACUGACGGCAAGUGCAACAUUUACAUAUUAUUCCUACCAGUUUCGCAAUUUUGCAAGGUUCUGUACAUUACGGGAAUUCUUUUUAUUUCAUCCGAUGUUUCCUAUCACGUCAAGUUCUUUUCUUUUCUUUUUCUUGCCUCUCCAAGUCAUAAAGCUCGCCUCUUUUCUUUAUACCAAUAGAGGUUCGAAUGGGAAGGGUUUGAGAAGCGGUCCCGCAGAUUGGGGUGAUGGACCUAACAUGUACUCAAUAAAUCAAUGG